AUUCACACCCUCAAUAGCCAAAAGGAUGGUGCAAUUGAGGGAAGUAAACAUUGCGUUCUGUGAUGUGUUGAUAGAAGUGGUAUCAAAUGAGGAAGAUGAAGGAGUAGAAGAUGGAAUUGUUUUUAACAAAUUAAAGUUGUUGUCACUUUGCUAUUUAAGAAGUCUCGCAUGUUUUUGCUAUGGGAAUUUCACUUUCAAAUUCCCAGCUUUGGAAGAAUUAAUUGUGAAAGAUUGCCCCAACAUGAAGACUUUCUCUAAAGGAGAUACAAGUGCACCAUGUUUACAAAAAGUAAAGAACUACGAGGAGGACACGGAAGGAUAUUGGAAGAGUGAUCUUAAUACAACUAUACAACAAUUAUACAAAAGAGAGGUAAACUCCAAUUUUGGGAAAUUGACAUUAAGUGGAAAAGACAUCAUGUCUAUGUGGCCAAAUCAGUUUCCAGAACAUCGGUUUUCUAAAGUGAAAGUUGUUAAUGUUAUUCAAAAUGAACCAACAAAUAUUCCCAUUGAAAUCCUUCAGAGAUUUAACAAUCUUCAAAAACUCAUAUUAAAGGGAAAUUCAUACCAAGAGUUGUUUUCAUGUGGAGAGGGUGAGAAACAUAUUGGGAUGCUCAUACAUAUAAAACAGUUAGAGCUUCGGGGACUUUUCAAUUUGAAACACAUGUGGAAACAAGAUUCUCAUCAGGUCUCAAUUCUUCGAAAUCUUGAAAAGUUGUCAGUGUAUCAUUGUCACAAUUUGAUUAAUCUAGUGCCAUCUUCAGCAUCUUUUGACAAUCUAAUAACUUUGGAUGUACGGAAUUGUGAUGGAUUGGAAAACUUAGUAACAUCCUCAAUGGCCAAAAGUAUGGUGAACCUUGAAAAGAUGUACAUAAGCUAUUGUGAGGCGAUGGUUGAAAUAGUAGCAAAUACAGGAGAUGUUGAAAAAGAUGAAAUUGUUUUCAGUAAAUUAAAGUACCUAUCACUUUCGAGAUUAGAAAGUCUUAAAAGCUUUUGUUCUGGAAAUCACACCUUCAAAUUCCCAGCUUUGAAAGACAUGAUGGUGAAUGAAUGCCCCAAGAUGAACACUUUCUCCAGAGGACUCUUAAGCACACCAAAUUUGCACGGACUGAGGGAGCGUGAGGACGAUGGCAGUGGCGAUGACAGUGACGAUGACGUUGAAUGGCAUUGGGAGGGUGACCUUAAUACAACCAUACAACAUCUAUUCAAGGAAGCGGUACGUAUUCUUUUAUCAAUUAACUUUGUUAUGUAUUUCAAUCAUUACUGCUAGGACACUAGUUUCAUUUUUGUUUAAUAAUGCAUAUCUCUGCUGGGUUAAUAACUCUUUAUUAUACAAAAGCUACGAUAUAACUUAUAUAUAAUAGCAGAAUGAAGGUCAUGAGUGGAAGAUUUGCUGUUCAAAAUAACAUUUUCUCGAUAGCUCAAUCUUUAUUUUCAAUGUGUUGUAUUCUAUCUUUAUAGAAUGAUCAGAGUUCUAAAAAAGAUUCUGAUGAAACACCUGAUGUGUUGGUCUAUAGUAAGAAACAUAGGAAUGGGUAGUAGAGGAUUAUUAGUAGUUGGGCAAAAGGGUCCUAGGCGUGUGAAUGUUAA